UGUGGUUUUGGGCCAAUGGAGGCGAACCAAGGCCGGGCCUGUGGACCAAUCAGGACUGAAGAAAGGAGUGCUUAUCAAGCGUAUUCCCUGCCCCCACGUAGAGUGUUGUUUUGUCUCGGACUUCCCCCCUACAAUGCACUAUCGAAAGGAGGAAGUGACGUAUUUUUGAUACGUGUCAGGAAGUCCAGUGUGUCCAACAUGGCGGCGCAGCAGAGCGAUGUUGACGAGCUGUUCGACGUUAAAAAUGCCUUUUACAUCGGCAGUUAUCAGCAAUGUAUCAACGAAGCUCAGAAAGUGAAGAAUUCAUCGCCAGAAAAGGAGACUGAGCGGGACACUUUCUUGUACAGAGCAUACAUUGCCCAGAGGAAGUAUGCAGUUGUCCUGGAUGACAUCAAGGGCAACUCUUCGCCGGAGCUUCAAGCUGUCAGGAUGUUUGCAGAGUAUCUGUCAAGCGAAAGCAAGCGGGAUGCUAUUGUCGCUGAUCUCGACAAGAAAAUGGCUAAGAGCGUGGAUGCGGCCAACACCACCUUCCUCCUCAUGGCCGCCGCCAUCUACCAACAUGAGAUGAAUACUGAUGCCGCACUCAGGACUCUGCACCAAGGAGAAAGCCUGGAGUGCAUGGCAAUGACCAUUCAGGUGCUGCUGAGUCUGGAUCGUGUCGACCUGGCAAGAAAGGAGCUGAAGAAGAUGCAGGAGCAGGAUGAGGAUGCUACGCUAACCCAGCUAGCCACCGCCUGGGUUAACUUAGCUGUGGGCGGCGAGAAGCUGCAGGACGCCUACUACAUUUUCCAGGAGAUGUCGGACAAGUACUCCUCGACGCUGCUGCUCCUCAACGGCCAGGCCGCCUGUUACAUGGCGCAGAACAAGUGGGAGGAGGCUGAGGGAGUGCUGCAGGAGGCGCUCGACAAGGACAGCAGCCACCCUGAGACGUUGAUCAACCUGGUCGUGCUGACUCAGCAUCUUGGAAAAGCCCCUGAGGUGACCAACAGAUACCUGUCCCAGCUCAAAGAUGCACACAAGUCCCAUCCUUUCCUCAAGGACUAUUUCACCAAGGGGAAUGAGUUUGACAGGCUCGCCAUGCAGUACGCUCCCGCCACCGCCACCACCGCAUGACGGACCCUCACACAUUGACAUCUUCCUGUUUAUUUUUUAUGUUUUUGACCCGCUUAAACAAAACUAAACACUCACUCGGGGUGUUUAUUAGCAUAGUUUAGCGAUAGGAAACUUGUUUGUUAUUUACUGUUGACCAGUCCAGGGUGGUACAGGCCCCCAGCUCACCAAUGACCCGCAAAAGAAGACGGGCGGUGUAGAAAACAUCUGGGAGCACCACAGCAUUUUUUAUUUACAUUCACGACAUGGACAAAAUAUUGGAAACAGCUGUCAGUCUGACGCAACGCAAUGCUACACUGCUACACCGCUGCAAGUACAUGUUGUUCAAUAAAUCCAAAUGUGGCCGUGA